GGCGACGGCAAUAAUAGCGGUGGUGCCCACGAGAUGAAGCAGUUCGAGCACCGGAACCUCCGGGUUGGCGCCGGGCCUCCUGCGGCCACCACCACCACCAAGGGCAACUUUGCAGGCAAUGCGCGCCAAUGGUACCACCGACUGGUCGUCGGUCUCAUCCUGCGGCGCAAGACGCUGCCGCCAUCCAGGGACGGGCGGCGCAUUCCCUUGCGGCCGGACCGCGAGGAGCCGCUCAUCGAUGAGAGGAGGGGCUAUCCGUACAUUUCCAACUCCAUCCGGACCUCGCGCUACACCGUCUACGACUUCUUCCCCAAGCAGCUCUUCUUCCAGUUCACCCGGCUAGCCAACUUUUACUUUUUAUGCGUCGGCAUUCCUCAGACGAUCCCGGGAAUCAGCACUACCGGAAACUUCACCACCAUCCUCCCGCUCCUGUUCUUCGUCCUCCUCACGAUUGCCAAGGAGGGCUACGACGACUGGAGGAGGCAUCGCCUCGACAAGAUUGAGAAUGCCAAGCCGACAACCGUCCUGCGCCGCGCCGGUAGCAGCAUCGGAACCAGCCAGGGGUGGAGGCCAUGGUUUUGCGGAAGGCCAACCAACAAGCUAGGCGUGUUUGAGCAGCAAUCCGAAACGGGCCAGAUUUCUCCUCUCGGGUUGCAAUGGCAAACCAUCAAGUGGCAGGACCUGCGAGUCGGAGACGUCGUCAAGUUGUCCAGGGAUGAGGACGUGCCCGCCGACAUUGUGCUCCUCCAUGCCGAGGGCGAGGGAGGCUUGGCUUAUGUAGAGACCAUGGCGCUCGACGGGGAGACGAAUCUCAAGAGCAAGCGAGUGUGCGCCGCCUUGGAGGGGUGUGAUUCUGUCGAAGGCAUCUGCAACUGCGACGCCGUGUUUGUUGUCGAGGAUCCGAACCCGGACCUGUAUCGCUUCGACGGGCGGGUGACGGUCGGAGAAGAGACCCUGCCUCUCACGCUGACCGAGGUUGUCUACCGUGGUUGCACCAUCCGCAACACCGCCAGCGUCAUCGGGAUGGUCAUCAACACGGGGGAGGAGACAAAAAUUCGAAGAAACGCGAAUCGCCACCCGAGUGCCAAGAAACCCGCCCUAGAGAGCACGGCCAACAUGAUUGUCCUCGCGCUCGUCGUCUACCUUGUUGCCCUCGUUGCUGGUCUCUCAGGGGGUUACGCCAUCUGGCAACACACCUACGAGCGGGUUGCAUGGUACCUCCGCGAUGUUCCGGUUCCCUACUCGCAUAUUAUCAUGGGGUAUGCGAUCCAGUUCAACAACGUUAUCCCUCUGGCCCUAUAUGUCAGCCUUGAGAUUGUCAAGAUCUGCCAGAUGCUGCUGCUGAACUCAGACAUUGAGAUGUACGACCAGGCGUCGGAUACCGCCGCGCGAUGCAACACCAACACUAUCCUUGAGAACCUCGGACAGGUUGGCUACUUAUUUUCCGAUAAGACCGGGACCUUGACGGAGAACGUCAUGCGAUUUCGCAAGAUGAGCGUGGCCGGGACGACUUGGCUGCAUCAGAUGGAUCUUGUUCAAGGCGAUGGCUCCAAGAAGCUCGGAGAACCACAACAGGUCGGCUGUGAGAUGUUGGGUGUAACCCUUGAACACGGCGAUGACACUCCCAGCGGUGCCGAGGUUUCAAGGUUCUUGUCUCUUCCGACACCGAAUGAAGACGCCUCUAUUUGCCGGUCUUCGUCCCAAUUGCGGUCAACCUUGAGGCCGGACCACAUCCAGCCUAACCUCACGACCUCGGAUCUACUAGAAUACAUCCGGAUACGGCCGAAUUCUCCCUUUUCUCAGCGUGCCAUUCAAUACAUUCUGGUGAUGGCGCUCUGUCACACCUGUCUCCCCGAGUCUAAGGACGGAAAGGUCGACUUUCAGGCCGCGUCACCCGACGAGCUUGCUCUGGUAAGGGCGGCCCAAGAUCUCGGUUUCCUGGUCACGCAGAGAACGACGCAAAGCGUGACUCUCCGAAUCUCCACCGGCGACGGCCACACAGAACGCACCUACCGCAUCCUUGACGUGAUCGAGUUUAGCAGCAAACGCAAACGCAUGUCAAUAAUCGUACGCUGCCCCGACGGGAGGAUAUGGCUCCUGACCAAGGGCGCCGACUCCGUCAUCCUCCCGCGCUUGAGACUGGCAAACCUGGCGACGCAGAAGGCCAAGGAAGUACGGCAAAGCCUCGAGUUCGAACAUCAACUACUCCGCAAGAGCGAGGCUCAAGAACCCCGCAACAGCUUCGGCGGCCGACCAAGCCUUACUAUCCGGCGGAGUCUCGCCCUCUCACGGCACGGCUCCCUGGUUGCCAGCAGCAGUGUGCGACCGGAUAAGAGCAGAAGCAAGUCGUUUGACCUUCGCCGUCUAGACCCUCAGACCAAUGUCCUCUCUCGCCCCCUGCUCGAUGCCCGCACGGUGUCCUUCGACGGCCGCCGCACAACGAGGAGGGAUGCCUCAGAGCCACAGGCCACGCCUACCAAGUUUGCAUUCCUCGAGGACCCGUCAUUGUCCGACGAUGCUACCAUCUUCACUCGCUGUUUCAGGCAGAUAGACGAAUUUGCCACGGAGGGUCUUCGGACGCUCCUGUUUGCUCACCGGUUUCUGACCGAGCAGGAGUACAACGGCUGGAAGAAGCUGUACCACGAUGCGGAGACCAGCUUGGUCGACCGCCAAGACCGCAUCGAAGCCGUGGGCGAGAUGAUCGAGCAGUCGCUCGAUCUCAUCGGCGCAUCCGGCAUCGAGGACCAGCUGCAGCCCGGGGUUCCCGAAACGAUUGAACGGCUCCGGCGGGCAAACAUCAAGAUCUGGAUGCUCACCGGAGAUAAGCGAGAAACGGCAAUCAACAUUGCCCAUUCGGCCCGGAUCUGCCGUCCCGGAUCCGACGUCUUCGUGCUGGACGCGACCAAGGGCGACCUGGACGGCCAGAUUCUGACCAUCAUGGAAGACCUUCAGAUCCAAGCCGAGACCAACCCGUCCAACCUCCCGGGACACACGGUCGUCGUCAUCGACGGCCACACCCUCGCCGCCCUGGAAGAGCCGGCCGCGGCGGCGGCCAAGUCCUCAUUCUACCGUCUCAUCCGCACCAUCGACUCGGUCAUCUGCUGCCGCGCGUCCCCGUCCCAGAAGGCGCUCCUGGUCCGGACGGUCCGCAACUUCUCGUCGUCCGCCAGCAUCGCUCCUCCCGCCGCCGCCGCCGGGAAGGGGAGGGGAGGGACCCCGCUUCUGCACGACCUCGUCGCUCGCCUCCGGCGGCGGCUGCUGCCGUUCCCCAGCGCGAGCGCGGGCCCGCUGACGCUCGCCAUCGGCGACGGCGCCAACGACCUGGCCAUGCUCAGCGAGGCGCACGUCGGGGUGGGCAUCUCGGGGCGCGAGGGCCUGCAGGCGGCGCGCGUGGCCGACUACGCGGUCGCGCAGUUCCGCUUCCUCGGCCGGCUGCUGCUGGUGCACGGGCGGUGGAACUACGCGCGCACCGCCCGCUUCGUCCUGGCCACCUUCUGGAAGGAGAUGCUCUUCUACCUGCCCACGGCGCUCUACCAGCGCCUCGCCGGCUACACGGGCACCAGCCUGUACGAGAGCUGGAGCCUGACGGCGCUCAACACCCUCUUCACCAGCCUUUGCGUCAUCGUGCCGGGCGUGUGGGAGCAGGACCUGGCGGCCGAGACGCUGCUGGCCGUGCCGGAGCUGAUUCUGGACACGCACUACAAGACGGGCAUCGUCAUCGGGUCCUUCUUCAUCACCGUCGGCGGCUGGUGGAUAUGGCAGGUAUUCCUUGCCGGCGUGUAUGCCCCCGGGGUGUGGCCGUACGCGGUCAAGGACGGCUUCUUCUCGUCCUUUGGGCCGGAUCCGGCCUGGUGGGCCGCGCUGUUUGGCGCCCUCGGCGUCCUGGCCUGCAUCGAGCUCGCAUACAAGUCGGUCAAGCGCAACCUGAUCGUCGCGGGGCUCUGGAAGUUUGGCUGGAAGUGGCUGAGGUGGUCUACGUGGAAGGCGGCGUUCAGUAGAGGCGCCGCCGCAUGGACGGAGGAAGGCACUCGCGCAAGCUUGGAGGAGUGGGACGUGGAACUGUGGCAGGUCAUGGAGCAGGAUCCGGCAAUCAGGGAAACGCUACGCAGGAUGAGCAGGUUGGGAUUCGCCGAGGAGAAUGAAGGGCCGGAGAGCGCGUGGAGAGGAGACGGCAGUGAGCCCGUCUAAAGGAGGCGGGGGGCGCUGUGCUCCUGACGGUCAUUCCAUUUGUCUCUGCCUUUUUUUUUUUGUUUCCUUUUUUUUCCUUCACUGUCUCUUGUCUCCUUCCUGUUUCUUCUAGCUCCCCGAGAUACCCUUCUCUUACUCUUUUGGAGUCAAGUCUAUAUUACCGAUCUAGAUAUAG